ACGGUUUUGGUUUUUAGCUUGGAAUUGACGGAUUGUGAUAGGUGUGAAUUUGUGUGCAGUGCGAUUUUGAGAGAAUGGGAUUAAUCAAAUGUUAGUGUUGUGCUGUCAAGUUAUUCGAAAUUGAUACGUUAAAAAUGAACUUCUAAUAUUAUUGUUAUUUCGUGUCGUAUAAUGCACUCUUUAUUAGUUACUGGACGAUUGUUAUCCAGAGCAUUUUGGAACGGAAUCGCAAAUGUUUCAACAGCUACAGAUCCUAAUAUUCACAAGAAAACUGAGCCACAAUUAAUAUCAGCUGUUUGUGGCUUUUCCAAAGAGAGAAGAAUCCAAAGACUGAUUAAAGGACAAUUUGGUGAUGAUGCUUGGUUUACAGCAAAAUACAAAACCGCGGAUGUCUUGGCCGUGGCUGAUGGUGUGGGAGGUUGGAGAGCGUAUGGUAUUGAUCCUGGUGAAUUUUCCUUACACUUGAUGAAAACAUGUGAAAGAUUAGUUAAAUUAGGUCGCUUCACUCCUUCGAAUCCUUCAGAAUUGUUAGCAAAAAGUUAUUAUGAACUUUUACAUCAUAAGAAAGCUAUUUUAGGUAGUAGUACGGCAUGCGUGGUCAUCCUCAAUAAAGAAAACAGUACCCUGUAUACUUCAAACAUAGGAGAUAGCGGUUUUAUGGUAGUGAGGCGUGGUAAAGUCAUAAGAAAAUCUGAAGAACAGCAACAUUAUUUUAAUACCCCUUUUCAACUGUCGUUACCUCCACCUGGAUACAGACAAGAAGUGCUUAGCGACAGACCGGAUGCCGCUAUGACAGAUAAUAUUCCAGUCGAAGAUGGAGACGUCAUACUAGUCGCUACAGAUGGUGUUUUUGACAAUUUGCCUCAAACUCUUAUUGUCAACGAACUUAUAAAGAUUCAAGGUGAGAGGUGUGCCGGUCGAUUACAAAUGGUAGCAAAUUCAAUAGCUUGGAUGGCAAAAAACCUUUCGUAUGAUGAAAAUUUUGUAUCACCUUUCGCUGAGAGUGCUUUCGCAAAUGGUAUUAAUACAAUAGGUAAGUUAUUAGAUGAUAUAGAAAAAAUCCAUUAUCACACAGUUUUAAACUGUCCCAAGAUAGGUUGUAAUAUUUUUUGGAGAUGGACAUUUAUUACGAACAUGCAUAAUUGGAAAAAACUACUAAACUAAAAUUGACUUCCAAGUUUAAACUUCUAUCUUAAUAAGGAAAUACAUGAAUAAUAACAAUCAUUAUAUUCAUUACAAACACUUGAAACUGUUAACUAAAUCUGGUUUGUACUAGUUCUUAUUUAGUUUAUACAAAUUGUUUUUUAAAAUUAUUACUAGCAAGAUUUAGAAGGUUUAUAGCUGUGGAAAUGAAAAACAGCAUAAAUUUCAUUAUUAUUUUCUAACAGGUCUAUUUAAACUGAUCUAAUAACUUCAGAUUUCUAACAUAUCGUAAAAAAAUGAUGUUGACCAAAAAUUAGAAAAGUUGUUCAGCAUGAUAAUGAAUACUUGCAGUUGGAAAAUGCUUCGAAAUUAAUCUAGGAAGAAAAAUACUGUCAGAUUUGUGACUUAGCAGGUCAUUCUGAUAGUCAAGGUGCCGGUUACCAAAUAUCGAAAAUUUUAUCACACAUGUUCCCACUUUGUAAAACCACAAUCGGCUUACAAACAUAGAUAAGGGAUUCAUCGUGAAAAAUUGUACAGAGUUGUCUUCAAUAUAACAAGCGAAUAUAAUUUCAGUAAAAUUAAAUGCGUCAAUGCUUCAUUUGUAACUUAAAAACUAGAAAAAAAGUUACAUAGCACUUUUUGAUGAAAAUUACUUAUGAGCUGAAAAAAUCUUUGGUGUAAUUUUUUUAUUUGAGGCAUUUCUUCAAUUCUCGGUGCUAAUAUUUGAACAUUCUUUCGUUAUCAGUCCCACAACGGAAAAGGAAUUUUUGGGUGAAGUGUUAGAUUUAAAACACAGUAGUUCAAAUGUAAUCGUAAAACAGUGUGAUCAUUCUUCUUGGCCGUUUCGUCGUCUACGGUAUAUUAUUCGACAAUUAUUUUUUAUUUCUAAAAUAACUAUGAGUUGCUUCUUUAUAUAAAUCCUGUUUGAGUAAAAACUCCUGUAUGUCUGCUUCAUUUAGUUGGAAUUGUAGGAAUUUUUAUUAGAUGACACGAGGUGUUAUCUAACAUAAUUACACUGUUUGCUUGUAGUGCUAGUACCCGUUUUUCUUUGAACCAAAACUCGAAAAGGGUCCCUCCAAUAUCCUGAUCGUAAUCUAAGGAACUAGCCUCAACAUGCUUUGAUAUUAACGGCUCUAAUUUGUCCUUUAAGAAUCCAAGAAUCCUUGUUUUCUGGCUUGACGUAUCUCGGCCAUACAUGUGCCACUUGUCCGACAAUCAAUUUCAAAGGCUAGUUCCCGGGGCAUUGUAAAAGUAUACACAGGCGCUUGAACCUUUCUGGAAGACUACAACGAAGAUAUAUCUUCAGCGACCUCGUUUUAACGGCUCUGAUGUUGUCCAAUGUCUCAAAUUUUGUCUUUUAAGGGAUUUUUUGAGCCAAGAGAAUAAAAACAAUUCUCGUCUGACGAUGUCAAGACUAUAAGCUAGCUAGGGUAUGACGCCGAUCUCGGUUUUUGUCAAUCUAAGGAGCUAGCGUCAACAUGCUUCGAACUUAAUAAUAAUGUAUCAUUCACCCUAUCUUGCUCACCACCGCAUAUAUGCUUUUACCUCUAAAAUGGGGUGCUUUCGUUUUAAAUUCCCAAUUAUCAUUUGUUCAGUUUUUACUAACAGUACCACGACUGUCAAACCAUGUUUCAUACAAGUAAUAGAUUUGUCUCCCUUCAUUACGAUACUCCCAAAUUUUUGUUAUAUAUUCGUUUCUUCACUUUACAAAACGACUACUUCCCAUUACAGUUUACCUUAUAUUUACUGUUUUAUAUCUAAAACCCCGUUUUCUUUUUAAAAUCUUCCCAUUGAUGGUAUCGAACAUACCUCAAAAAUAUGUUUCCUUUUUAGGUCUGCAAGUAUACCUUGAAGAUUUGGCAUUAAGUUUGAUGCGUAACAUACUGUAAUUUGUUUUGCAUAUUGGAGCUAACCAUCAGGUUUGAUUUUUGUAAAAUUUCCUGAAACUUUCCUUUUUCGUCCCAUUGUCACACCUUACUUUGCAAUUUUGUAGAGUGGAGUCUUAGAAGUUUUGGUCAAAAACAUUGUUUCCUGGAUAAUAUCUCCUCUGGACAUUCCUCGACUACAAAGUCGGUUAAAAACAGUUAAAACCACUUUUGAGCAUCUGUUGAUAGAUGUUGCCAUCUCUUUUCAACUGUUUGACCUCUUUCUGUGCUAGGCUGCAUCAAGACGUUUACUGAAUCUGCAAAUCGAUUUGUUGAUGUUUGAUCUUGAAGCCACUGUGACUUUAUACUCUUUUGUGCUCAAAACUUCCAUUUAAGAAUAAUUUGACCUUUAAUACACCCCACCCACACUAACUAUUGACUAUAAAUCAAAAAUCCUACUAAAAAUACCUACUUGAUGA